AUGAGAGCCCGUACACUCGAAGGAGGUUGUGGGGUGGCAGACACUACUAAGGAAGCAGCAGCAGCAGCAACAGCAGCAGCAACAGAAGUAGCAGAAGCAGCAACAGCAGCAACAACAGCAGCAACGGCAGCAACCGAGCCACCAGCAGCAGAAACAGCAGCAAUAGAACCACCAGCAGCAGCAGCAACAGAAGCAGCAGAUACAGCAUCUAUAAAAGACAGUGAGAGAUCUCCUGCUGCAGCUGCAGCACCUGCAGCAGCAGCAGCAGCAGCAGAAGCAAACUCAGCAGCUCUUCCCCUUCGGAGCCGCGCAGCGUUUGCUAGAAAAAGUGUACAGCAGCAGCAGCAACAACAACCGCAACAGCAGCAACAGCAGCAACAGCAGCAGGAGCAGCAUAAACGGCAGGAGGAGGAGGAGGAAGAGCAGCAGCAGCAACUGCUGCUGAUGCAGCGAGAAUGCCAGCACCCGCAAGCUGCACAGCAGCAGCAGCAGCAGCAGCAGCAGCAGCAGCAGCAGCAGCAGCAGGAACUGCAGCAGCAGCAGGAUGGAGGAGACACAGCGACUGCAGCAACGGCUCGGCACCAAGAGGCAACAGCUGCAGCAGCAGCAGCAACAACAGCAGCAGCAGCAGCGGCCGUCCCUCCAUCUGCAGCACCCGGGAGAGCUGCUGCUGUUGAGGAGAAAGGCGAAGCAGCAGCCUUGCCGCAAGCAGCAGCAGCAGCAGCAGCAGCACCUGCUGCUGCUGCAGUUGAGAAACACUCUCAAACUUCUGCUUCAGACAGCACCCCUAAUGGAGAUCAGCAUAGCAGCAGCAGCAGCAGCAGCAGCAGGGGAGGCAAUAACAAUAACAGCAAGAACAGCAGCAGCAGCAGCAGCAACAACAACAGCAACAGCAGUUCUGAGUUUUCGUGUAACGGCGUGAAGACAGCAGCAGAAGCAGCAGCAUCACCAGCAGCAGCACCAGCAGCAGCACCACCACAAGCAGCAGCAGCAGCAGCAGCAGCAGCAGCAGCAGCAGCAGAAGAGUGGUUCCCUACUAAGACAAUAUAUGCAUGUGGGGCCCCACGACGCAUUUUGCUGCAGGCGAACAACGGUGCAUGUCCGCUGCUCGCAAUUGCGAACACAUUAAUCUUAAAGGGUGAGCUGGAGCUUCCUCAGCAGCAGCAGCAGCAGCAGCAGCAGCAGGGGCAGCAGCAGCAGGAAGAGCAGGAACAGGAGCAGAGUAUCAGCAGCAGCGAGCUGCUGCAACUAAUCUCCAAAGUGCUGCUGCAGCAAAAUGCAGCUGCUGGUGAAAGCCCUGAAGCACAUGCCUUCACUGUCGCUGAUGCAUUGAAUUUGCUGCCGUCUCUGCUGCGGGGCUUAGACUUAAAUGUUUACUUCAGCAGCAUAUCGGGGAUUGAGUUUAGUGCUGCGCUGUCUCUGUUUGAUUUGCUGCACAUACGUCUGGUGCAUGGGUGGAGACCUGAUAGAGAUUCUACACAUCGUUCUCCUGCUGCUGCUGCUGCUGCUGCUGCAGCUGCAGCUGCUGCUGAUGAUGCUGCACAUGCUGCUGCUCGUGAUGCUGCUGCUGGUGGUGAUGCAACUGUGCAGCAGCAGCAACAGCAGCAACAGCAGCAGAACGAAGAGCCCAGAGAAGCCAGCCGUACCACCGCUACCAGCAGCAGCAGCAGCAGCAGCAGCAGCAGUGGGGAGAGCUGCUGCUGCAGGGCUUGCGUAAUAGAGAAGCUGAGUUAUAACCAACUCGUCGAGCGUGUUGCGGUGUAUAGGCAGCUCAUCCAUGAAAUGCAGAAAACUGAAGAAGGCGCCUUCUUGCUGCAGCUGCUGCAGCAAGGAGAGCUGCAGCAGCAGCAGCUGCAGGACAUCUUGCAGCAGCAGGAAGACCUGCAACACCAGCAGCAGCAGCAACAGCAGCAGGAGCAGCAGCAGCAGAAUCAGGAACAGCAGCAGCAACAGGACGACCCGCAGCACCAGCAACAGCAACAACAACAGCAGCAGCAGCAGCAGCAGCAGCAUGACCAAGUGCAGCACACGUGGGAUGCUGCAGCAAGAGCUGCUUUGCUGCUAGAGGGACGUCAUUAUGAAGACUUUCUGCUUAUGUCUGCUUCGCAGCUGACAGCAACAGGGUUAAGAGAGUUGAGACAGGGAUACACCCCAAGAGCAGCAGCAGCAGGAGCAGCAGCAGCAGAAGCAGAAGCAGCAGCACCUGCGCUGCCUUUAUAUGUACCUUGUGUGCUGUUUAUAAAUAAUCAUUUUGCUGUUAUUGUAAGGCGUCCUUCUGCUGCAGCAGAGCAGCAGCUGCAGCAGGUGCAGGAGCAGCUACAGCAGCUGCAUCAGCUGCAGCAGCAGGUGGAGCAGCAGCAAUUUUUGGAGGGGGAUGAGUAUGCACACCAGCAACAGCAGCAGCAGCAGCAGCAGCAGCAGCAACAGGAGGAAGCUCUGCUGCAGCAGCUGCAGCAGCUCGAGAGAGACACAGCAAUAUACUGUCUCUGCACCGACUUGGCUUUCAAGGAGACACCGCAAAUUGCGUGGGAAGAAGUAAAUAAUAUCAAAGGAGACAAUACCUUCUGCGACCACAACUUCAUGCCUAUUCAGGUGACUCCUGCUGCUCCUGCUCCUGCUGCUGCUGCUGCUCCUGCUGCUGCUGCUGCUCCUGCUGCUGCUGCUGCUGCUGGUGCUGGUGGUGCUGGUGGUGGUGGUGCUGCUGGUGCUGGUGGUGGUGGUGCUGGUGCUGCUGCUGCUGCUGCUGCUGCUGUUGCUGCUGCUGCUGCUGCUGCUGCUGCUGGUGCUGGUGGUGGUACUCGUGUUGCUGGUGCUGGUUCUGUUGCUGCUGGUGCUGCUGCUGCUGGUGCUGCUGCUGCUGGUGCUGCUGCUGCUAUUGUUGCUGUUGCCGUCGCCGCCACUGCACGUAUCUCCUCUGCUGCUGGUGCUGCUGCUGCUGUUGUUGUUGUUGCUGCUGCUGCUGCUGCAGUGGGGGAGUACCAGGGCAAACUCAGGAACGUUACAAUGGCAGCAGCAGCAGCAGCAGCAGCAGCAGCAACGCCUCCACCGGGAGCAACAGCAGCGGGCGAGGAUACAGCAGCAGCAACAGCAGCAGCAGCUGCUGCAGCAGCAGGCUUUAUUGCGUGCACAGCAGCAGCAGCAGCAACGCCAUCAGCAAAGCAGCGGAGGUGCUACAACCCAAACAAAGAAAACUCUGGGGUCCUGCGGGGCUCUGGCUAG